UGACCCGCCAGCGCUUUACUUGCUCCAAGCUGAAGGUCCUGACCAUGAGGCUUGUGCCUGCUGCGGGAGGAACGUUCCUCGUUGUGCCCCAUGUAGUGGGGUUUGCUGUCCGGCCGUUUGAAGCGGCCACGAUGGCGGCGGUUCCAUGGCAACCGUUCGCCAUGGUCCGUCGCCAUCCCGCACAAGUAGCAACAGCAUCAGCCUCACCUCGGAUGUGCUGUGAUGGACGAGGGUGGCCAGAGUGCUCAAGAACCAGUCGGAGACGGCCUUGGUGGGCUACCAAAGCCGCGGCCAACCCUAGUAGAAGUGAUACAGCAGUGUCGAUGACGUCGACGCCGUCAGCAACAACGGCAGGGAGGGAGGUGUCUCUUGAAGAUCAUGAGCCGAGCAGGCCAGCAGGCCUCCUCCGCCUGGCGAUCGUGGGCGAGAAUGCGGACGAGCUGGGGCUGAGAAUAGCGGAGCGGCACGGGCUCGUGGCGACGUCAAUGGACGGGCUCAUGAAAGGCCGGAAGGGAAGAAAAACGGACAAUGUCAAGGCCAAGGCUGCGGCGGAGUGGCUAGGGGAGCGUCCUGCGAGUACGGGCGGAGUCCUGACGGGCUUUCCGACCACAGCGACACAGGCGGAGCUGUUGGAGAAGCAGGGGGUGGGUGUCGAGCAGUUGGUUCUCCUCGAGCGAGCGGGCGCGGCGCCGGAGGAGGCAGCGAACGAAAGCGAGGGAGGGGAGUUGUACCUUUUGACGUCGCGAUUGGAGGGGAAAGUGGUGAAGUUGACGAGCCAGCAGGACUUAGACAGCCUCUGCGACUCUGCCGCUAGCCUCCUCGCCGUCAGCGGAGGACAGCAGCGCAGCAGCGCUGCCUUACGCGACAUCGAUGAUGUGCCCCCCACGCCGGCAAAAGCGGUGGAAACGUCCACGUUGCCGCCGUCGACGUUGAGGGACGCCGACAUGAUGAUGAGCCCAUCCGAGCUCGCGGUGGCGCGUGCGGGGGCCGCAGACCCGGAAACGGAAGACCUCGAAGCCGCCGACCGCCGUCGGGCGCGGUCAAGGGCCGGUGCGAAGGCCAAGAGGGCGGAGAAGGCGACCAUCCGGCAGAAGAAGAGGAUGGCCAACGAAGCGCAGCAACUGGAUACCCCGUUCUACGUGGCGGUGGCCCAGGGUGGGCCCAAGGCCCGCUUCCGCCCCCCGGUGCCUAUGGUGCCGUCGCGCAUCACCGAGCGCCUGUCUUCCGCCGCUUCUCCGGGUGUGGGUGGGGAAGACGCCGCCGCCGACGGCGGCGGCGCAGCGGUCAACACCAGGCUAGACUUCGGACCGCUCGUUCUCGACAGCCCGGCGUCCGACUGCCUGCUGGCGGCGGGCAUAACGGAGCCCACGGGCAUCCAGCAAGCCGGGAUGGGUCCCAUCCUGAACGGGGAGAGCGUGAUCCUUCACGCCAUGACCGGCAGCGGGAAGACGCUGACGUUCCUCCUGCCUCUCAUGCAGCGCUGGACGCCAGGGCUGCUCUCCACGUCGGCAGCAGCGGCUGCAAGUGCGGGCGAAAACGGCGAGCGAGCCUCGAACAAGGCAGGGGGCGAGAUGAGCGGCGCGCCUUGGCAGCUGUUGCUGGCGCUCCCAACGCGCGAGUUGGCGGUGCAGGUAGCGAGGGAGGUUGUGCUCCUUUCCGGCGGGCUGACGGCCUCCGUGGAGCUCCUGGUAGACGCCAACACUUUCCACGACCUGUCGAAGGUCACCGCUCCCAUCGUGUUGGGGUCCGCCAAGGUUCUCGAGAGGCGUAUCCGGAAGUCCCGACCGACUGUCCGAGAGGACGUGCUGCCGCGCAUCAAGUGCAUCGUGGUGGACGAGGUGGACAGGCUGGUGGACGUGCUGUCCAAGCACGCCCCUGCGAAGGAGGCAGAGAAGAGGAAGAGGCACGCGCGCCCCAUCGCCGCCCUGCUCGAGAGGGUCCUUGCGGCGAACGGGGAGGCGCAGGUUGUAGCCUGCUCGGCGACGAUCGGCCGCCCUCUUCGGCGCGAGCUGGGGCACAUCGUCCGCCGCGCUUCCUCGAUGGGUCCUACACCUCUCACCGCCGUCGCCGACUACGACGGCGGCCGCGGCGGCAGCGCCGGAAGCCGCGAGCUCAGGGUCAUCCGCGACGCCUUCUCCGAGUCGUCGGGCCGGAACCUGGCCACCGAGCGGGCGGUGGUCAUCCCGGACACCAUCCGGCACUACUGCGUGCCCCUCGGCAACGGAGACUUCUUCUCGCGCCUGGAGGGGCUGACGGCGGCGAUGCGCGAGCUCCAGCCCCGGCGGCCGCUGAUCUUCGUCCCGCCGCAGGAGCGGGUCACCGCCGUGGUGGCGCACCUGCGCCGCGCCGGCGGGGCCGUCGGCGCUCGAGCCGUCGCCCUGCACGAGGCGAUGGGCUUUGUCUCGGACGAGGACUUCGGCGGGGUGAGGGGCCGCCACUUCUCCGAAGCCAUCGAGCAGCACGACAGGUUGGUGGUUGGGCAGUCUAAGGCAGGCGGGGGCGCGGGAGGGGGGAGAGAACCGCGGGGCGGUGAAAGCGGGGGGCGGUUCGAGGGCGGUGCCGCCGACGAGUCCGGCGGGGUCACAGAGGCCGGCGGCAGCGGUAGCUCGAGCGGCCAUCUUCUCGCCGAGGGAGUUGGACCUGGAGGUAGGCGGUUACGGAACGGGGACGGGGACGCAGAGGUCGGGGACGUACUCGUCACCGGGGAGGGCUCGGCGAGAGGGCUGCACUUCGACGACGUUGACUUCGUGUUCCUGAUGCAGAAGCCAAAGAGCCCGGACGAGUACGUCCACCUCGCCGGACGGACCGGCCGGCAGGGGAAAACAGGCACCGUUGUGUCCCUCGUGGAGUUCGAAGAGUUCCGGAAGCUGCAGGGGUGGUCCUACUCGCUCAAGGUCAACUUCGAGCCGCUAGACAUCUUGAACGUGUUGAAACGAUGACGACAUUUUUGUAUUUGCUGGUUAAGUGUUUUUAUCUAGAGAUUUGGUGGGUUUGAUUUAUGUGUUGCGUGUCGUUGCUGUAUGCAUAGGGAUGCCGAAUUUUUAUACUAUUGCCUUUUUCAACACAGAACGCUGCGCUCUG